UCAUGUGACUCAUUAAUGCUUUCAGAUUGUUACAGUGUAAAUGGUGUGUCCUACAGAGGGUCUGUAUCAGAAACAGUCCGAGGAACACCCUGCCUUAAAUGGACAGAGAAUCCUAAAUAUAACAUAAUAAACUCUCCCAAUGCAGGUCUUGGAAAACACAAUUAUUGUCGAAAUCCUGAUAAAGAUAAGCGUCCAUGGUGUUGGGUAGCACCAGCUUUCAAAAAUCAGUUUGGAUACUGUAAAAUUGAUCAAUGUAAAAAUGUUACAGAAAGCACAACAGUGGAAUCAACUGUGACUACAUUCCCAACAACAGUAGCAUCAACUACUC